AUGCCUGGUCCUACCUCUGCCGGUGGUGACUCCGACGACCCAGUAAUCGCCUCCUAUGACAUCUUUAUCACUGAUGCCCAAGUGCGCCGCUUUCUUCUACAAUACCCUGACCGUUCUUCGUCACAUCCCUAUAACGAUCUUAGCCUUCAGAAGCCCACCGAGCUUCGCCUGAAACCGAACACUGGGCUCGUUGAAGUCGAUAUUCCGAUCAAUACUCGCAUUAAUUAUGACGAACGCAAGGGUCUUCGGUAUGGAAAUGCGCUCAAAAAGAGCCGCAUUAUUCAGGAAGGAGGGACACACGGUGUUGCUGGCGGAUUUAACACCGGCGGUGCUGGCUCUGGGAGAAUGAAAAUUGAAGGAGAUUCGGUCGGGAAAGGAUACUGGGACGACGAGGAUGGCGGAGGCUAUGAAGACCUGGAAGACGAGGAGCUAAAAGGGGGACAUAUUAUGGCAACCCAGACAUUGGGGGGUAGGAUACAAGAACCGGCCAACGGCGAUCCAAUAUAUAUGCUGGGAGCUUUUAAAGAAGAUGAGCUCCAUCUUGCUCCUCUCUCGGCUAUAGUACAACUGCGACCCCAAUUACAUCAUCUCGAUGCGUACGACGAAAUCUCAGCUAAAGGGAAAUCAACGACGAGAGCAAAAAAAGAGGAGGAGGAGGGCGGUCCUCGAAAUGCGCCCGAAGCUCGAGCAAUCGACGUUAAAGUAAAGUCAGCGGAAGCAGAACCAACAGGCGGACAACGCAACAAUGAACUUCUAAAACGAAUGCAAGAUGAGAAAUGGGAAAAGUAUUGGUGGAUUGAUGAAAAUGCAAGUUCGCCUGAGCAAGGCUCAUUCUUCAUAUCUACAUUUCCUUUCGACGAAGAAUCAUGGGACAAAUAUGAUGAGUACAUGUUCAAUCGAACAAUAGAACCGCCCCUCCCACUUGAAUCUGCGAUUGAACCUGAUGAUUACAUUGAUGGCAUGAGUGCGCCGAGGGUGGACCCUACUCAGCCAGAUAUGAGUGGGUGGGCGCUGAAGAUGCGGCAGAAAAAAAGAAGGUCGUCAAGCAAUGCCCGGCGCGGAUCUGCUAGGUCGCAGAUGGGCGACGGCGAUAUGGUGAUGGAGACGGGUUAG